AUGUCGGCCGAUGCUGGAGAUGUUCCCACCACGGCCCCGAACGCACACGAACGAGAUCGGCCGAGAUCUCGCAGUUACUAUGCUGCCUGUGGUGAAGAUCGGGCAGGAGAGCCCACACCUUCGAACGAAGAUGAGGUCGAGCCUCGUAGGCGCAACCUUGGAGGAAAUCCUGAUGGCGAAGUCCGCGACGACGGGUGCAAGGAAGAUGAGUGGCGGUGGGACCGCCAGUCUUGGGGCGCCUGGAAGCCUAGUUCGUGGUGGCACGCCCAGAAGUGGGAUGAUGACGAAUGGGGCGACCACAAAUCGUGGAGUCGCCGAGACGAUCCCUGGAGCAGGUCCACAUCCUGGACCCCAGACCAGAACUCGAACGCUAGCUAUGAGGCCACUCGAGCUGGAGGCGCUGGAGACCUCCCUCGGCAUCCCAAGGCAGAUGGUGGAGAAGGAAGUGGACCUGUACACGAUUCUCCGGGGCGGCAAUGUGCUUGGGAUGGAUGGAAACACUUCUCUCGAGCGGGAGAGACAGGGAGUCAGUCUUCAGAGGAAGGCUAUUCGGUUCGUCAGAACCCCAGGCCAACCGAAAAGUUGGUCGUCCCUAGCUUCAGCGGUGAAGACGAGGAUGUGGGCAACAGCGCUAGGAGUUACCUGAGACAGAUCGAGGCCUGGAAGCGUAUGACCUUGCUUCCCUCCAAACAGCAGGCCCUGGUGUUGUACCAAAGCCUGAGCGGCAAGGCCUGGGUGGCGGCAGAGGAGCUCGACCUGAACAAGCUGGCACAGGAGACUGGGGUCUCUUACCUGGUCGGCUGGGUUCAGGAGAGGUUCCUCGACCUGGAGGUUACCAGAAUCGGCAAGGCCUUCUCCGAGUUCUUCAGGAAGCUUCGUCGCAGGCCUGGCCAAAGCAUCAGGGACUACAACAGUGAGUACGACCGUCUCUUUGCUCGGCUUCGUGAAGUGGGUUGCGCGCUUCCUGAAGAUUGUGCAGCAUGGCUGUAUGUAGACAGGUUGCAGCUGGAUGAGCCGGCAGAAUUGAACCUCCUCGCAAGUGUCGGCAACACCUACUCCCUCCAGCGGUUGCAAAAGGCAGCUAUCAUCCGGGAUCGUGGACAUCGCAAACCAUGGGAAGGCGGAAAAGGGCGACGGGCACAUGUGGCGAACGUCACCGACCACGACCAGGAGCCCGACAGCGACCACAUCGAGUCGGACGACGAGAGCAUGCCGGAAGAGGUCGCAUCUGCCUAUGUCACCUACCAGAAUGCGAAGCAGAAGUAUAAAGAGCAGGCCAAAGCAAGAGGAUUCCAUGGCACGGCGGACGAGAGAGAUGGCAGUAAGCAGGGCAAAGGAAGAGACAGUGACAAAGAAGAGAGGAUUCGGGUCAUGAAAGCUAAAAGCUUCUGCUCGGGAUGCGGAAGGAAGGGGCACUGGCACCGAGAUGCAGAGUGUCCGAAGAAUAGAAAUGGCCUGGGCACCAAAGAGGGCAUCCGCGAUGUGGGAGUAUGCCACCAUGUCCCUUCCGAGGUCUUCGCCCUUCGUCACCACGGGUCUACCUUGCUCGGAAUCACAGACACGGCUUGCGCAAAGUCGGUGGCAGGAACAAGUUGGCUGCAGCAGUUCACCGACAACUCGUCCGAGAAGCCUAAGAUCACCAAGGAGUGCGAGGCCUUCAGGUUCGGUACCGGCAAGAUCCACUACUCCGCCUUCGCAGUCGACCUCAAGUUCGUUAUGGGCGGAUGCAUCCUGAGCCUCAAGACAUCCAUCAUAAAUGGGGAUGUCCCACUCCUCAUCUCCAAGCCGGCCCUGGCUCAGCUGGGCAUGGUGUACGAUGUGGCGGCCAAUCGAGCCCAGUUCACUCGCUUGGGGAUCCAGGACUUUUGCCUGGAGACAACGUCUUCGGGGCAUCCUGCUAUCCCGAUUGUGCCGGCAAAGGCCGGAGAUCACGGGCAAGAGGUCCAACUCAAUGACUUCGGAUCUCAGCGAGGAGAGCAAUACAUGGCAUAUGUUGUGAGCGAUACAGGAGACACCCCACAAGACCCACCUCCAGUUGACUCCUUCCACAUCUUUUAUGACAAGAAGUUAGAGCCCGAAGUCAAGAACAUCCUCACUCAAGACCGACUAUGUGACCUAACCUUCACAUCAUGGUGGAGUAGAUCCGCGCUAACCUCAGACUUCUGGAUUGAAACAGAUGUUGCUUGGUUCAGGAUACAUGUGACCCCUAGGAGGGCCCUGUUCAACCCCAGCAAAUGGAAGACGAACCACUCUGUGCAGAAGGACAUGUUGCUUACGAGUUUGGGCGAAUAUCGAGACUCCAGCACCCAGCCGGCCAUCAGCAAGAUGUCGAAGACGGAACUCCUCAGCGAAGCGAGUCGGUUGGGGCUGGUGGUGCAUCGCAGCUGGACCGCGGAGGAGAUCAAAGCAUGCAUCAUGGAAUUCCGCAUGGACAACGCCAAGGGAGAUGCAGCGGCCUUCAUGAAGUCCGUGACCAACCUCACCAUGUCGCAACUCAAGGUGAAGGCGGAUUCGCUCGGAGUCGUCUACACGGAGAAGAUCACGAAAGGGAACCUCCUGAGGCUGCUGAGGGAGAGCGUGAACACCCCGGACAACGAGCUCAUGAAGAUCGGGAAGUUCAAGGGGUACGAGUUCCAGGAGAUUCCGAAUCAGUACUGCGAGUGGGCCUCCAAGGAAGUGAAGGCGAGUCAGAACCCGCAUGUGGAGCUGGUGAGGUUGGCGAAAUGGUGGGAGGCAAAGCAGACUGUCUCCUACACAGGAGCGACUCGGCUAGAGGAGAAUUCGGUGGUGCCUUAUCCGACGAGCUCAUCAGCGGCAACUUCGAGUGCGGGCGACUGGUCCCUCCUCUUGGACGAAGAGAACAAGUCGAAGGCAACACCCAAGGUGUCCCCGAAGCGAAGAGUUACCCAACAAGAAGCGGACGGGAUGCCGGUGGACCAGAUCAGCAAGGAGCAUCUGGAAGAAAUUCACCUGCUGGAGGCGAAGCUUGCGGCGCUAAAGCAGAAAGCGGGGGAGAAGGACGGCAAGGCGGGCGACCCUUUUGGCAGUGAGCCCCGCAAUGGAGCAGAUGUGAUGGAAUGCUGCUGUGGCAUUACCGGCACCAGGCCGGGCGAGGAGUUCUGCGAGGGCAUCCCGGGGGAGAACUUCGUGAGUGGACGGCAUGGACCUAACACGAUCAUGACCCUCGAUCACUCUGCGGAAGUCACACGGAGCGACGAGGGUGAAGCAGCAGCACGGACAGCGUAUGAAGAAGGAGAUUUCUCUUUCCAUCGAUGCCUCAAAGUCCUGCAGCAAACGGACCUUGCCCAGGCAAUAAACCGGCGGGGUACGAUCCUCGGCACCAAGAACGGCAAGGUCGACUACAACCUCUUGGGGCUCUUCGUGCAUGGUGGAGUGCAUGGGGUCACAAACAACACGAAGAAUCGACCCGCCUUGUCCAGGUACCUGAACUCCUUCGCCAAAAGGCAUCUUCCUGAAGGAGCAUCCUGGUCGUCAAUCGCCAUCUCCAGGAACUGCGCAAUUGGCCUCCACCAUGACUAUAACAACCUCCGGGGGAGUGCGAAUCACACCAUCGUUCUUGGGGACGGUGUCGGGGGCGAGAUCUGGAUUGAGGACAAGGACAUCGAUGAGAAGUCAGCCCACGACCCCAGCGUUGAGUGGAAGAAGAACAGCAGUGGGCAUUGGAUCCCGGGUCGAAAACACAUCGCACACGAGAAGUUCGUCACCUUUGACCCAUUCCUGAAGCACAAGACCUGCGACUGCGAGGGAGAAAGAUGGUGCAUCGUGUUCCACACUGUGCGGUCUGUUGAGAAAGCCGGGACGGACACCCUGAAGUUCCUCAAGAACUGCAAGUUUCAGCUCCCCAAGAAGAACUCAGCGACGAAGCGACGACCAGAGUACCCUACUAGUGGAUCGGCGCCCAUGAAGAGCACUCGGAAGAACAUCUUCAGUAACGCCGGGAAGCUCAGUGUCCUGAUGGCCACCCUUAUCUAUGUCGCCAGGAGCUUCAUGGCCGAGAGCAUUCUACCACCAGCUGGGCGCAUCCAUUCCCCGGCGGUGAUGUUCGAGAUGGGCGGCACCUCGGCGACCGAGGAAGCAGUACUCUUAGGGAAAGAUGUCUAUGAACCCAUGGAGUGGAGCUUCUUUGAGUCCGAGGAUGGCAAGAAGGUCGCUCACGACAUCGUCCAUGGUGGCUAUCCUAGGGAAUUGAGGGUAAAUCUCCCCGGUAGGAACAACAGCGACGACCUAGCCCUCAUCGAGCUGAUGCACUGUCAACUCGAUAACGGGGACGUCGUUGUGCUAUGUGGAGACGAAGAUGAUCCUCUAUUCUCCGACAAGAGAUACCUCGAGGGCUGCGAGAUCCACGAACAACGCCUGAGCUCAGGAGGCGAAGGCGACCAUGGCAAGAGAGUCCUCUACAAGAGCAAGAAUAAGACAAAGGUCCAAGGAGAAGACAGAGUAUACGGAGUUCAAGUCGUAUCCCGGGAACAAGACGAUAAACCUCGUGGCAGCAAAGAUCUCGAUGGUUCCGGAAUAACGUUCCCGGACAACACACCCUCGAUGAUUUCUACUGCCCUUCGUCGCCUUCACCAAAACCUCGGGCAUCCCAGAAAAGAAGACCUACUUCGACACCUUCGGUUGGCCGGAUGUGAGUCAGAAGUGCUGAAUCAGUGCUGA